AUGGCUUCUGCCUCAGCUUUAAACCCGAAAUCCAACUACCAUAUUCGGUCAAUCAGCCUGCCUUCGAAACCACACCCUCUAUUUCAGCAAUGUGAAGAUCAUUUGUUGAGAAUAGCAGCUUCUGAUGCCUCCUCUUCAUCCUCAUACUCGUCAUCUUCCAUAAGCCAGAAAUUGAGUGGGCUCUUGGAUUUGCAUAACUGUCUCAAUGAGUUGUUUCAGUUGCCCCUCACCCAAGAAGCCUUUGUCCGAGAGCGAAAUGAGAAGUGGGUAGAUGAGCUUUUGGAUGGCUCUCUUAGGCUCUUGGAUGUGUGUACAGCAGCCAAGGAUGCCUUGAUACACACAAAGGAGUGCGCACGCGAAAUCCAGUCGAUCAUGCGCAGAAGAAGGGGAGGCAAAAGCGGGUUCACAAAUGAGGUUAGGAAAUACUUAGCCUCAAGGAAGGUGGUCAAGAAGGCAGUCUGCAAGGCCCUGGGGACUUUAAGAACUUCUCAGAAAAAAUCCACCUUCUCAUCCACCAACAAAGACAAUGUAACUGUGGCUUUGAUUGUUGUGCUGAGAGAGGUUGAAGCCGUCUCUCUCACAGUGUUUGAGUCCCUUCUGUCCUUCAUCUCUGGAGCAAAGUCAGCAUCAAAGAUGAGAGGCUGGUCUUUUGUUUCCAAGCUGAUGCUCACCAAAAAAGUUGGUUGUGAGGAAGACAAAACAGAAAUAAAUGAAUUUGCUGAUGUAGAUGCUGCAUUGAGCUCCCUUGUGUGUCAAGAAACAAGCAACUCUGACAGCAUGGUAGACAGUGAGAAUGUGCAGAGUGAGCUGCAACAAUUGGAAAUGUGCAGUCAGGAUCUAGAAGAAGGGCUCGAGUGUCUUUUCCGGCGUUUAAUCAAGAAUAGAGUUUCCCUCCUCAACACCCUGAGCAACUAA